GUUUCCCCCAUAUCAAGUAGACAGCGUAGACGCAUUCUCGGAAGAACUUGCAGCAUCUGAAAAUAAAUUUACGCAAUAAAAGCUUAUUUUUGUUUACCUACGGCCAAGUUGUUUACUUUACAUAUGCUGCAUUCCACUUGGCUGUGGCAAGCAUUCUGAAGCUCAAGUGACCACGGCAAACAGGUUUUUUGGACAACUGGCAGGCCGACAAUCAAAACAACAAUAAAAAAAAAAAACAAAACACAACAAACAAGACAGUGCAUUGUACAUAAUAUUUUUGCAGUUUGUUUGGCGACGGGCAGUGCAAAUAGUUGGACUUUUGUUGAAGAAUUAUUGGAAAAUGGAAAUAUUUUUCUAAAAAAAAAGUAAUGAAAUAAUUUUUUGAAAAUGGCAAGGAAAUCCUUCGACUUGGUGCAAAAUGAACACUCAAUUCCUGCGCGUUACAUACAAGUUCUGCUCAUGUUCACCGCCAUUCUGUUGGUCUUUUAUCAGCGCGUUAAUUUGUCUGUUGCCAUUGUGGCAUUGAAUAGUUUAGAUGAAACAACAACAACAAAUGCAAGCCAACCGAAAUUUAAUUACUCCGGCUUAACACCACACCAGCGCUCCAGUAUACUGGGUAGCAUUUUUUGGGGCACAUUCUCGGUGCAACUGCUCAGCGGCUAUUUGGGUAGCCACUAUGGCACUGUCAAGCUAUUAUUUGGUUGUGUGCUCGGCUCGUCGCUAAUAAGUAUCGGUUUGCCAUUUGCGCUAAUCUAUUUCGGCUUCGAGGCCUUCGUGGCACUACGUGUAGUGCAAGGUUGCGCGCAGGGUAUUGUCUUUCCGGCAGUGUAUGCCCAUCUGGCCAAGUGGAGUCCGCUGAAAGAACGCAGCCUUUUGGGUGGCAUAUCACAGUCCGGCAUGGAUAUGGGCAUGGCGUUGGGAUUUCUAUGUAGUGGUUUAUUAGCUGUGACAGCGCUUGGUUGGAGAGCAAUAUUUUAUGUGCCGGGUCUCGUUGGCAUCUUGUGGUCUGUAUUUUGGCUAAUCUUCGCCGCAGAGUCCCCGCAGAAAUGCCGGUAUAUUGCUCAACAGGAGCUUACACUCCUCGCCGAAAUUACCGUUGUUGCGCCGACAGAGAAACGUAAAGCACGCAUACCUUGGUGUGCCAUUCUUACCUCAGCACCUUAUCUAGUCUUGGUGUUGGUCAAAUUGAGUCAUGGCCUGAGCAUUUUUACAUUAAUGCAACAAAUACCACUUUAUAUAAAUGGUCUGUACGAUUAUGAGAUACAUGUAAAUGCCUUGCUCUCUGCGCUACCUUUCUUUCUUAUGUUUGUGACGUCACAUUUGGUUACCUUUACGGCGCAUUAUUUACUGGUGGUGCGUAAAUGCUCACUCGCUCUAGUUCGUAAGUCUUUGAAUACCGUUUCAACUUGGGUGCCUGCAGCCGCCUUCGUCGCAAUGACUUUGAUAAGAAGUGAGGAACAAGUGACGGCAAAUAUUAUCUGUUUGAUUGUGGCUGUGAUGACUUACGCGGCAGCAGCGGUGGGCAGUUCUCUGAAUCACAUAGAUCUCUCACCGAAUUUCGGCGGUAUGCUGGUGGGUAUGACCAAUAUGGUGAUGACCGGCAUGGGUGUGAUCUCACCAAUAGCUGUGGCGGAGGUUGUCAAAGAUGAGAAUGACCGCUCUCAGUGGAACAUCAUUUUCCUAAUAAUAGCUGCGUUGCUCUUUUUGGGAAAUUUGCUUUAUUUAUUUUUUGGCAAAAUGGUCGCACAGCCGUGGGACGAAAUUGAAGCCCCUGCUGAGAGGUCUACAACUAAUAAUGUAGAGUCAAUGGAAACUGCCGUGUUCCGUACAAAUAAGAAAUGAAUAUAGAAUGUUUUCAAAUAAAAAUAAAAUAUCAGCGAAUGAAUUCUCAAGUUUUUUUGUAUGGAAUUAAAUAUGAGUGUGAAACAUACAAAAGCUUUCAGAUGUCAAUAAAGAAAUGAGAAUCAUAAAAAUAA